ACGAUUUAUUUACGUUUCCCUAAAGUCGUCGGCUGCUUCCCACACUUAGCACGAAGGCCGGGAUUUUCGUUUAAAAAAAAAAAAAAAGCUAUGUAUGGCCUGUCUAGAACAAGAACUAUACAAAGAUGUUGGGCGAAUCAUACAUUUCUCUCAUCAUUUCUUGUCAGCAAGGAAACCUUAGUAACAUAUGGCAGUCGCUCUUCCUUAACUACAGAUGACAAGGAAGAGCCUACACUCGCAGAAGAAUCGUUGACAUUUACAAAAAGGAGGCAGAUGAAAAAGAAGGUUCAGGGAGUGAACAAAACACAGACGGUUUCUAUUAGCCUAAACUCGGAUUCCGAAAAAGUAAAAAAAAAUCACAGUAUCAAACUAAUGAAAGGUAAAAAUACGGAAGAGGUGGAACUCCUUGUGAAGGCAUAUGACAAAUGGCUAAAGAAAGACAACAAAAAACAAAUGUAUUUACUAGACCAGAAAUCGGCUGAUAGACUGGUUCACCAUUUACUAAAGGACAUUAAAAGUGAUGAUGUAAUAGCUGAGUCACAUCCAGGACCAGGCAUUUUGACAAGAACUCUACUGAAGGAAACCGCCAAUGAUAUCAUUACUUUUGAACCCCAACCAACAUUUGCGAGCCAUCUGAAAGAAUCAUUGCUGCCACAACACUCGUCCCGCUUAACCAUAUCCCAUUUGGACCUUCAGAAAUUUUACACAUAUUAUGUGCAUGGGAAGAAAGUACCUGAGAAGGACAGACUUCACGAGCUGUUAAAGUUGUUCCCUACCAAUACAAAAAAAUUCAACUCAAAUGUGAAAAUGGUUGGUGUUGUCUGUGAUCCGAAAUUCUUUUUCCGGCUGACUCUGAGCUUUGCCUUUCAAUGUUGCUUUUUCGAAAAUAUAUUUCCUACUCUGUAUUUGUACAUUCCAUUCAGAUUGUACUCUAGAAUAUCACUAAGUUUAGGUCAUUUUGCCUAUAGCAAAGUUGGAGUUCCCUUCCAAUUUUAUUUUAAUCUUGACCAUCUAGAAUCUGUACCUCAAACAGGCUUUUAUCCACCAUAUCCAUUAGCAGCCAGUAGAAAAAGACUGCCAGAAGAUGAUUUCCUUCACCUAGUGAAGAUCUCAGCAAAUGAGGAAUUUUUUAACAAGGUACCACGUGAGGAACUGGAGAGCUUUCACUACUUUCUAAAUCGCAUCUGUCUCACCAAGAGAAAAGAUACUCUAAUUACUCAGUUGGAGAAAUGGAUACCAGCUUGUGGGCCAGAGUUCAUCAAGAAUGGUUUUCGGGUUUUCACCCAUCCACGUGAAUUAACACAGGACCAGUUGCUUCAGGCAUACUACAUAUUUUCCAAGUUGCCAGCUUAUGAAGGAUCUAUGUUUCAUCACUACAGAAGACACUGGGCCAUUCAGUUCGGAGAAAGAGAUGAAGAAGUUGUGAGACUCAAAUCUGAUGACGAAGUGGUAGAAUUAGAAGAUCAGGUUUUGGAGAAUUAAUAUGUCACUUUAGUCUGUGAGCAUUAAUUGUUAUUGUUAUUGAAAGUUAGAAAUAAUUUAAUAUUUUUAGUACGUGGCACAUGCGUUAAAGAUAUGGUCAAAAUUGUUUUAUUGCUUCCAUCUUAUAGAUGUGAAUUUGUCAUUUCAUGCUAUAUAAAAGUGAUAUUAUUAUUCAUGAGUUUGUACAAGGUGAAUGUAUUUUAAAAAAACUAUACUUCUAGUUCAGUAAGUUGCUGGACUUCAGAGAACAUGAGUCUGUAGAUAAGCAGCUACUUCCAAGUAAGAAAUUCAUAAAUGAGAGACAUUAACACUUGUUUAAGAUGAGGAUAUAGCUAUAUUUUCAUAUUCAGAAAUAUAUGUAGGUAUUAUUUAUUAUGGUAAAAGAUCUCUUUAUAAUUCAUGGGUUGAGUUCUAUUCAACCACCUAGGAUGAGCUCAGAAUGCAACAUGCUGUGUUCCUUCUUGUAUUUUGGAGUUGGUGAUACGAGUACAUCAUUUUGACAAGCAGAAUAUUCAAAAAAGGAAAGUAGAGGAUGGAUAGGGGAAGGAAUAAAGCUCUUAAAGAAC